GUAGAUAAAUUCAGCAGCGAUCUUAUACAAUUUCGAAACCAAGGACACGUUUAAUGAGAAUGUGCGAAAGAGCGUAACGUUAGGAGAAUAGAUAUGUUACGAAGCACAAUCCGUAACUUUCCAGUGGCAACGAGCGACUGACCGUGUGUGAGAUAAGCGAAGCGUAUCAGUAAUUAAAUGGUUUAAGAUAUGCGAUCUUUUCGAGGUGAAAUCGUUCCGUCACCCAUGCGACACGUGCAACACGCGAAACGAGGCCGCUAGUGUUUUACGAUUCUAAUCGAGGAACAACGUGGCGCCCAGUCGUCGAUGGAAAUUCUGCCAAUGGAACGUCGCACAACCACCCAAUAUAUUCGUUUGAAGUAUAACUGCGGCUAAAACUUUGGUUAUGCACACUUCAUCUAUCGGAUAACAAGAGUUUACGUUGAGUAUCGUUGAAGAUUCAUUAUUUUUUCGCGUUUUCCUUCAUUUUCGCUUGAAUCAUGCUUCACAAUUUUGUGCAUCAACGAUACGACGAUACGAGUACCAUGAACAAAGAAGAUAGAAGAAAGUUCAACGUUCCUUACGAACGUCCAAUAUCAAACCGAAGCAAACACAUCGUCGUAUUGAAUUACAACAGAGUAUUCUCGAAAUAUUGGCGGUUAUACUGCAAGCACACAACUUUAGUGGGUCUGAAGUAUUUUUUGAAAGACGAAGUAACCUGGUUGGAGAAGUUCUUAUGGCUUCUCGUAUACAUAAUCUCCAUAAUUUGCGGCUUUCUCCAGAUGCUCAAUAUUUAUCAAGCAUACAAAGAUAUACCAGUAACAGCCACGUUAGAGUCAGAGUAUUUUCCAACUAAUGAAAUAAAAUUCCCCGGUAUGAAGCGAAAAUCAGUAAUUUAACCGUGAAUGAAAUUCUUCGCGAAAUACGGAAAGUCGGUGAUUUGUACGAUUCGCCAUUUACCACUGCUGGUGAUUACGCUCAGAUUAUUCAGCUGAUGUCCAAGUUUUACGGGAAUAAUUACGAUAUCACCGACAUCAUGGAACGCCUAACACCACAGUGUUCGUCUAUGUUACUCAACUGUUAUUUUCGCAAUCAGAGAAUGAAUUGCUCGAAUAUAUUCAGUGUCGGAAAAACGAAAAAUGGAUUCUGUUGCAUUUUUAAUUAUAUCGCCGAGAGUUUUGGUGAUACUCCUAAGUUUUUUAAGCAGGAGGAAUUUAAAUUGUAUUAUGUUGGAGACAUAGGCAUACAGAACGGUUUAACUGUGACGAUGGAUCCUUUAUUGGACGAUUAUUUUUACACGAUACUACCUACUAUUGGUUGGAAGGUGAUGAUAUUCGACCCUUACGAUUACCCUGACUCGGGCAGCGGCAGCGUUUCGGACAUUCUGCUUGGCCCGUUAACAGAGAAGUACGUACGUUUGAAGGCGGUUGGGUUGUACAGUACCGACAAUAUUCGCCCAUUUUCGAUGCAGAAACGGGGCUGCAUUUUUUCCGACGAAUAUGUUACGGACUACACAACUUAUACCUAUAAUGACUGCAUAGUUUCCUGCAAGGUGGAGCACGUAUGGAAUCAUUGCAAAUGUAGAGUGUUUUUCUACCCAUAUCACGAAGAUUUCCACAAAACUUGUAAUAUGGAGAAUAUACAUUGUUUAUUGCAAUAUUACGAUGUAGCGUUUAACAUCGUACCUUAUAAAGACAAUAAUUUAAGUAGCUCGCUCGAUGAUCAGAAUGCAACAAUGUAUUGCAAUAAUUGUUACCCUGAAUGUGACGAUAUGAGAUAUUAUGUGCAAAGUACUAUAUCUAACAUAGAGCCUGGAUACUUCGACACGGAAUUAUUUCCAGACAUGAACGUAACGAAUCAUAGUGUCCUGCACGUGUAUUUUCCAAACUCGGGAACCGAGUUUUUGAAACAAGACGUCACUACCCGUUGGUACGAAUAUUUGGGUGAAGUUGGAGGACUCUAUGGACUUUACGUUGGCAUCAGUAUCAUUAGUUUCGUAGAACUGAUUUAUUUUAUCAUAUUAUGGCUCACUGAAACGUUUAAAUCUCUCGAGGUACUAGAAGAAGAAAUUCCUCGUGAAAAUGUUAUACAUCCUAUUUAUUGGAAUGAAUUCUUUCCACAUCCAAGGACUGUCAUGAAUAAUUAAUGAAAAUAGUAUUUGCUUCUAAUAUACAUUCGAUGUGCUUCUAUGUUUCUG